AUAAAUACAAGUGUAGGUCCCUUGCACCGUCAGUCUUGCAACGGAAUCGUCUGAUCCACAUUCCUCAGUCAUGUCUUCAACUGCAGUUCGAGUGUGCGCUCUCCUUCUCGUCGUGUUGAUGGUGCAGAACUCGUGGGCAGGUCGUCCUUAUCGAGAGAAGCCAGGUUUCUGCCCUCUCUUCCCAGCACCUCCUCCUCCAGGGGGCAGUGACUUCCGUCUCCUCUCGCCGGAUUAUCAAGAUACCGGCUGUCAGAGUGAUUUUGAAUGUCAAGGAAAACAGAAGUGUUGUCCGCCUGGAAUCUGCUGCAGAAAUAUUUGUGUUGAUCCCCUGGAUAGGCCCAUGGGUUGAUAGGGUCUUUGUCUGUGGAUAUCGUGCUAGAGCAAACUGCUUUCUCAGCAUCAGAUCGUGAAUUCACCUUUUUUUUGAAGGAUUCGUAGAACAUCUUUUAUACACUAUGAAAUUGCAAUAACCAAUUCGUAUAUUAUAUAA